AUGGCUGCCCUCCAACUCCCUAGUCGACUCAAGCAGUCUUUGGAAGACACAAAAGUGCAGUAUCGUCAACUUGGAAAAUCCGGACUUCGUGUUUCCGUGCCCAUUCUUGGCUGCAUGGGUUUUGGUGAUCCUCAGGCUGUUCCCUGGGCGCUGGGGAAGGAAAAGGUACCCAACUCGUACUCCAAUGGAAUCUCUGAGGUGAUCAUUGGUGAAGCAAUCAAGCACUAUGAUAUCGCCCGCGAGAAGCUGGUUAUUCUCACGAAAUGCAACUUUGCCGUCGGAGAAACCCCAGAGGAGCAACAAUUUGCCUUCUACUCAGAGUUUGAUAGAUCAAAGGACUAUCAAAACCAGUUCGGUCUCUCGCGCACUGCAAUCUUCAACCAGGUCGAAGCCUCCUUGAAGCGACUUGGAACUACGUAUAUUGAUUUACUGCAAAUCCAUAGAUUCGACAGUUCGGUACCCAUGGAGGAGACCUUGAAAGCUCUCCACGACCUUGUGCAAUCAGGUAAGGUCCGUUACAUCGGCGCGAGCAGCAUGUGGGCAACCCAGUUCGCCCAGCUUCAGUUUUGCGCUGAGAAGAACGGCUGGACUACAUUCGUCAGCAUGCAAGACCAGUACAAUCUCCUUUAUCGCGAGGAGGAGCGCGAGAUGAUUCGGUUUUGCAACGAAACCGGCGUGGGGCUCAUUCCUUGGGCUCCCUUGUGCCGUGGACACCUCGCUCGGCCCCCUUCGAGCGCGACGGCGAGAGCCUCUGCCGAGUCUGAUCUCACCAGCGGAGGACAUGGUACGACCGAAGUUGACCUCAAGAUUAUCGGUCGGGUGGCAGAGCUCGCCGAGAAACAUGAAUGGCCGAUGGCCCACGUGGCGCUUGCCUGGAUCAACAAGAGGGUUACGAGCCCCAUUAUUGGGUGCGGCAGUGUGUCAAGGCUUGACGAGGCGGUUGGAGGUAGCGGUAAAACCCUGACGGACGAGGAAGAGCGGUACCUUGAGGAGCUAUAUCAGCCGAGACCUGUCUGGGGCCAUAUUUGA